UAACACUGUCUCUUCCAGUUGGAGAGCCCAAACCGAGAGGGAAGGGAGCGGGGAAAGGGAAGGGAAGGGAGCACCUCGGGCGGGAUCGGCCCCAUCGCCGGCGGUUUGAGGCGCUCCUGCCAAAGACAAGCUCUUAAAGCCAUGGGAUUCCGGGCGGGCUUCGCGCGAAGAGGUUGUCCAACGAGCAGAGGGCACUGAGCAGCGAAGAAAGCAGCCGAGGAGCCGAGGAAAGAAAGGGACGCGAUUCUCCCCUCGGGUCAUCAUGGAAGCUACCUGGCUACAAAUCUCCUUGGCCUUCCUCAUACUUCCACUGUUGGUGUUUGGAGCUCCCACUGAUGAAUCUGGUCCUCAAGAUGCUACAACUACCUUGAGGGGUUGCAAGCGUUGCUGUGAUCCUCUGGAUGUCUCUACAUCUGAGUCUCAUCGUGGCACUAGUCCCCGCUUCUCACCGUAUGUAAUGCCAGAGGUGCGUCCAUAUAUCAACAUCACCAUUCUGAAGGGAGACAAAGGUGAUCGAGGAGAACCAGGAAUUCCUGGGAAAUGGGGAAAAGAAGGUCCACCAGGGGAACAGGGAGCUCCGGGCCCAAAGGGCAGCAAGGGACAGAUGGGAACCCCAGGGGAUCCUUGCAAGCAUCAAUAUGCCGCUUUCUCGGUGGGCCGCAAGAAGGCACUCCAUAGCAGUGAGGGCUAUCAGGCCUUGAUCUUUGACUCUGUGUUUGUGAACCUCUACAGCCACUUUGACAUGUACAAAGGCAAGUUCUACUGUUAUGUGGCUGGCUUAUACUUUUUCAGCCUCAACGUCCACACCUGGAACUUCAAGGAGACCUACAUGCAUGUCAUGCGGAAUGAUCAGGAGGAAGUCAUCCUCUAUGCCCAGCCUAGUGACCGCAGCAUCAUGCAAAGCCAGAGCCUGAUGCUAGAACUGCGGGAGAAUGAUGAGGUCUGGGUUCGCCUCUACAAGCGUGAGCGUGACAAUGCCAUCUACAGCGAUGAUGUGGACAUCUACAUUACUUUCAGCGGCUAUCUGAUUAAGCCUGCUCUUGAAUAGAUGCUUUGCCCUCUGCCUCCUGAAUGUCUGAUAUGCCUAUGAACUGCAGCAGAUCAUACACAGAAGCAUUAAAAGGGAGAGGUGGAGGAGGUGAAGCAUAGCUUGGAAAUGGUUCUAUUUCAGACUGUAGCUCUUAAAAUUCUGGGAGCUGUAGUACAAAAAGGAAUUCUUCUAAUCAAGGAGGAGCAAGCUACACACUUUUUAUCCCUCUCACCAAUGUGUGCACACCAUAUAUGGUCCUCUAAGGGUUGGCAGGAUUUUUUUAAAGCAUUAUUAAAAAGAUUCAAGUGACACCUUAUUAUAGGCAAAAUUGUGGCCCCUGUUGACUUUACCAGGCACCAUUUUUUGAUCUGGGAUAUCAAAACAAUGGAGAGUUGCAGGUUCAGGGGAAUCACUUGUGGCUUUCAUAGCUAAUGUGGCCUGUGGAGAGCACAAUUUUUAGAUGUGUGUAUGUGUUUUCAAAUUGCCUGCCAAUAUUGAUGACCACAUGCAUGUUGUAGGGUUUUUAAAGGCAAGGAAUACUUAGAGGUCAUUUUACCAUUCUUUCCUCUGAAAUAUACACUACAGCAUCUGGCAUUCCUUUGUAGUCACCCAGUCAAGUACUAAACAAAGCUAAACCCACUUAGCUUUCAAGACCAGACAGGAUCUGGUGUCUUUAGAUAUCGAGGCAGGAAACAACUCUUGCUCCUUUGCAAAAAAAAAAGAAGAAGAAGAUUUUUUUAUAUCUAAGAAUGUGCACUGAAGAAAAACAGCCAUUCUGAAUUGUAAGGCAUCAUUUAUCUUCAGUUUCUGAUUCAUUCUCAAGCUUGCAUGUUUUGUCAAAUAAGGCUAUAAGUACUAAGAUUCCCAGGUUUCCUGAAUAUAUCUUUGCUCUAAUAACCUGAAGAGCAACAACCUCCACUUCGAUUGGUAUUUUGUAACUGUUAUAUUUCAAGUUUUCUGAUCCUCCCCUUGUUUGUUGAGAUCAGUUAGGCUACAGUUUCCAUUGUCCCCAUGGCUGAGGACAGUGGGAACUGCAAAUCAUCUUGAAGUAACAAGGUUGAGGAAUAUGUGGAAAUAAAUCAUGCCAUUAUGGGAGGCAGAAAAUGCUCAAGUCACCAUAAUCCUGAAGAAUUGUUGGCUCCCAGUAAUUCUUAAAAGGUAGUUUUCCCAACAGCUAGCUACUUUAGACAUGGAUAAACAAGGAUGAAAGAAGUUAUCUAAAGCAAGUAUUUUCUUUCUGAUUCUUACAAGUGGAAUCUUCUGAGAUGUUUUAUGUGAACCUCCCUGAAAACUCUAAUACUAGGGUGGUAAAACAAUGCCACCCUCAAUGGUGCUAAAUGUCAAUUCCCAUCUGGUGCUAAAUGUCAAUUCCCAAUAUCUGUAGGGUUUCGGGUUCCUCACACCUGAUCUAUAGAGGUGCCUUGAUAUUAUAACUUCACUUUGCUAGAAGUAGUGGCUUCCAGAUGUAUUGGAUUGCAAUGCCUAUUGUCCCCAUCAGCCCUUCUUCUUAGAGUUUAGAAAUAUUAAAUUUCAACACAUUUGGAGGUCACCAGAUAAAAGAAAUCUGUGGUAUGUUAACAUAAAUGUCUAUCUAUAAAUAGAUAAAUUGCAAUGCACACACUGUCUCAUGGGUGCAACUAGAGAUGGAGGCCAAAUUAAGUCAUUGACCCCCCAAUAAGAAUUCACAGUCUCAUGAAUUUUCCCCUUCAAUCCCCAGUUUUUUAGCAUUGCAGAAAACAAGACAUUAAAAUAUUGAUAUCUAGAAUGGCUAUAGUUCCUGGGUUUGCAUUCCCUUGGUAUCUUUGCCUGCCCCCCUUUUUGAGGUCUAAACUAUAUUUCUAAAUACUCAAAUUUAGAUUUAAGUAACUGCAGCAUUUCAUUUUUGCAAUGGCAACAACAUGGUUUCUGAAAAAUUAAUUCUUAUUUGAAUGGGCAAUGCCCUCAUAAUACCAUUAUCCUCGUUAGCUACAUCAUUGCACUCCUUUCUCAUUCCUGUCAUUCCUUGAAGCUAAUAGAUAGAUCAACAAAUGAAAACUAUGUAUCCCAACUCCUACAGUUUACAGGUUUUUUCUAGUCUGAUAAAGUAUACAGUGGUGUGCAGUUUUAUUUUGACCUAGGAGGUAGCCCUGCAAAGCAGAGUGGCUUGAACAAGAAAUUGAAUUCCUCCUUCCUGCGAUGCACAGAUUAUGGAACAAGCUGUUGUAUAUUUGCAGCGCCUGGCGUCCCUCUGUCUCUCGAGGGAACAGCAGGAAUUUCUAGCACUGAAUUGCUUCCAGACCUGGGCUUUGAAUCCCUUGAAUCUUUGCCUCCUUUCCAAUGUCAACAGGGCCCUCGGAUGCUUCUGCAAGGCAGCUGCAUUUAAACACGAGGACAGUUUCUUUUAAGUUUUCCUGGGACAGACUUAGCUCUUGCCUUUCUCCACUCUAUUCAGAGAAGGCAUUGAUCCUUGUUUUUAUUUUAUAAACAUUAAGGUACAGUAUUUAUAUUGACCCAUUGAUAAAUCAACCCAGAGUUUGCAGGUUAACUUUUUGACUAAAAUCUCAUUAUACAAGAAGAUAUAGGGUAAUUGGUUUGGAAACAAAACUGUAAGUAGUUACUUUUUUAAAGUAGCAUUCUAACCUCUGGUCAAGAUAUUCAAAUAUACAUGUAACCAGCACCGGGGGGGGGGGGGGUGAAUGUGUGUGCUAGGCUGGCUGCUUGUUUUUUGGUGCUAAAUAACAUUUCCAAUUCUUGGUGCUGAAUAAAAAAAAAAUUGGUGCUCUUCCAGGACACUAGAAAAGAAUUAGUGUUUGCUGGCAAAUAUAUUGGGUUAACUGUGGAAUUUAUGGUGCUUUAUAGAAAACUGAAACAAGCCAAGAAGAACACUUGUGCUUUGUAUAUAUACAUGUGUAUAUAGCCUCGAUAUUAAAUUGCCUUUAUUGCACUUUGAAA